GUUCCGGAGAGCGGGCCAGCCUCGUCGACGAGCGCGUAGAAAUUAUGUUGGCGUGGACACCGCGCGCCGAUCGGUAUCGUCCGCGCGUUAUCGCCCGAUCGUUUCCGCGGGGCGCGGAUCGAUCCGCGCGAGUGACUUCAGCCGGCGAUCGGCCGCGCGAUAUUUUGACACGUGGCGCAACGACGCGUGUGCAUGUGCGCGCGUGUUUACCAGCUUAAAUGUAUAGAGAUGUACGUGUAGGCGCGGACAUAGAGGAGGAACGCAGGGAAGGGAGAGAGCCGGAAGGUGGGCGGCGGAUAGGCUGAAAUACUUGGCUGACACGCGCCCGGCAGUCAGGCCGAGGCGCAUCUGUGCCUCUUGAACGGAUGAAUUAAUUAUUGGUGUCGGGUGAAACGGUGACUUGUGCCGCACCAUUGAGCCCCGAAAUAACGACGAUGGUGCGCAGUGCCGGCGAUUGUUCGUGACGAAACAAGCCUGGAUUUUUCUCUCGGUGAACGACGGAGGGAGGAGCAGCCAUGACUUCCGCCAGUGUCUCGGAAGAGGAUUUAACGUACGGGGAUGGCGGCCACAACUGGCGGAGCAUAAUUUUCUCACUACUAGUCAUCGGUUUCGUUAUCGCUGGCAUCGUCACGGCAAUUUAUCUCCUCGGGUACGUCGACGAGCUUCUGUACUGGAGUGGCAGGCGUCUUACGUUAGACGAGUGCCUUCGUGAUGACCUGACACCGCACAGGUUGCCACCGACCUGGAUAACCCACGAAAAGUUCGUCUACCAAGCCGACGAUGGUUCCCUCACCCUCCUGGACACCCGCAACAACGCUGUGACCCUUUUAGUCUCUAAUCACACGCUUAGACAACUGAACGUUCAGGGCUACGAAUGCAGCUCCGACCUACGUUAUGUAUUGUUCAAGCACAAUGUCAAGCCGGUCUUCCGGAACACCUUCACCGCACUUUACACCGUUUACGAUGUCACGAACGACCAUCAUACACCCCUUCGCCUACAAGGAUCGAUACUCAGGCAUCAGACGCGAUUGCAAUAUGCGACCUGGUUGGGCAACACGACCAGUAUCCUGUUGAUCUCCGAGAACGACAUUUUUCUUAGACUGGGGCCCACCUCGACGGAGGACACCCGCUUGACCGACACGGGCGUACCUGAAGUGAUCUACAACGGCGUGCCAGACUGGUUGUAUCAGGAGGAGGUGCUACCGAAACCGCAAGCGAUCUGGCCGAGUCCAGACGGCACGCAUAUCCUCUAUGCCACGUUCAAUGACACCAAAGUGAGCGCGUUGGAGUUCCCUUGGUUCAAUACGCCGGGUCAAGACGGAACCGGUCCGAAUCCCCGGGGUGCGUCCAAAUCUUUUCCACCUUCAAGAUCAGUCAGGUACCCGAGACCCGGUUGGCCCAAUCCGGAGGUCGAACUAUGGGUAAUGGAACUUGGGAACGUGAGCUCGACAAAUUACAACAGUAGCACCGGGAACGUCACGUGGCCCACUAAAAUGAGACUGAAACCGCCGCUGUUCUUGGACGGACAAGAUUACUAUCUGAUAUCGGCCGGCUGGGUUGGCGAAGACGCUUCGCAGAUCGCCGUCGUUUGGAUGACAAGGAUGCAAAAUCUAUCCAUGGUGUCGGCUUGCCGCGCUCCCACGUGGGAAUGUGAGGAGACCCACUCGGAACGGGCGCCCGAAGGACUGUGGCUGGAUGCCCAACCGCAUCCUCUCUUCGCUCCGGACGGCGACAGCUUCCUGCUGUUGGCCACGGUGCAGGAGGGUGACAAGGAACAUUUCACGCAUAUAAAACACGUCACACUCACGCAACAAAGAAUAGCGGUGCUUUCCCAUGGUCGUUACGAGGUGAGCGAGAUCUUGGCGUGGGACACCAAGGCGCAUCUCGUGUACUAUCUAGGCACCAGAGAGAAGAUACCUGGCCAGAGACAUCUCUACGUGGUACGCGACCCCGCCGCGGACGAUCCGCGUCACUUCGAGCCACUGUGCGUGACAUGUGACCUCGGAGACGUUCUUUGGAGCAGUAGGUUCUAUUACACGAAUUGCACACACUUCGGUGCUUCGGUCAGUCCGUCGGUGAACAACGACACGCAGGGUUACUACGUACUGUACUGCGAGGGUCCCGGCCUGCCACUUGCCGGCGUGCAUAUGAUGUCGACGCAUAAGAUGAUACGCGUGCUGUACGACACGAGGCUUCAACGCGCGGAAAAGUUGUCAGAGCUGGCACUGCCUACCAGGCGAAACUUCGAGGUGCCGCUACCUCAAGGCUGGCGGGCUCAAGUGCAACUGCUGUUGCCCCCCUCGUGGCGGGAGGAGCUCAGGGACGCGGCGUUUCCCGUGCUCGUCGAGGUGAACGGCCGUCCCGGCAGCGAGGCCGUCACGGACAAGUUCCGAAUAGAUUGGGGAACGUAUAUGUCGAGUCACAACGACGUGGUCUACGUGAGACUGGACGUACGCGGCGCCCGUGGUCAGGGAAAGAAGGAUCUCUUCAGGAAGAUAGGCGGCGUCGAGGUGCAGGAUCAGCUCACCGUGCUGCGACACCUUUUGAAGACGCACAAGUAUCUCGACGUCACCAGAGUCGGCGUAUGGGGAUGGGGUUACGGUGGAUACGUCACCGCUAUGGUCCUCGGUAGCCAGGAGAAUGUUUUCAAGUGCGGCGUCGCGGUGAAUCCAAUCGCCGACUGGACGUACUACAAUUCCGCGUUUACGGAACGAGUCCUCGGUGCCCCAAUUGAGAACUACAAGAGCUACGUGGAGGCUGAUCUCACGCAACGGGCGAGAUUGGUGCCCAGUCACAGCCUUUAUCUUCUUCAUGGCCUAGCCGACCUCACAGCGCCUUACACGCACGGCGUUGCCUUCGCCAAGGCUUUGUCCGAAGCGGGAGUCAUCUUUAGAUAUCAGAGUUACGCGAACGAAGAUCACGCCCUGACGGGUGUGCUCGAACACGCUUAUCGUUCCAUGGAGGACUUCCUCGCCGAGUGCCUCGCCCUGGAUGCCUCCUAGUGCCUCAAGCCGAAGAAUCCUUUGUUGUCUCUAGUGCGUCUAUUUCCGAUACACCCAGAACGGACGUUAAUACGGAGACUCGUCCUCGAGGUCGCGGCAAUUACACUCGUAAACGGGAUGAGGUCCUCGUUUAGAGCCUGAAUCGCGAUAUAAGUCAGGCCGCUAGUUGGGAAAAGAGCGAGAACAAUCGUUUAUCCGAGAAGACGACGAAAAGGGGAAACGCCGUUUGACGCGCGUACGUACGAGUUUAUGCGGCAAAGAGACGAAGAUUGAUAGAAAGAACUGAAAAACCGUGAGAGUAAAGUGGCAUUUGUAGCAAUAUCGUUAUGAUGUAUAUCAUUUGCCUAAAGAUUCCUUUACGAGGAAACCACUCACUUUUCUCUCUGGAAGCGCAUCUAGCGAUACGUGUGUCGCCGGGCCGCGAGAGAAUCCAGAAAUCACGAAGGAUAACCGACCGAAACGAGGAGCGACGGAUCGCCUUGACAGAAUUUUUGUACAUCAUCGAACGGCGCCGCUCGCGUUUCCCGCGCAAAUUUAAUACGUUGACGAUUGCACGUCGUGAAUUUUCACCGGACAACGCGGAGCGGCUUGUUCGACGCACGCGUUGCGAAAGUACCGAAGGCACAGACGCGCGUACAUGCCAUGAAAUCGAUAUCGGACGAGUUUCGAGAAAAACGGACGAUGAAGACGAGGCGCAUGUUCGAGGGCGCAGACCGAAUUACUGUACACGCGGAGCUUAUCGACGGCUUUUGCAAAUCCGCGUCGUUCGCGUAGCGCCAUCGGGACAACAUUGUGAAACCGACGCCGAGUGUUUGCGAGCUCGUCAUUAACGUCUUGCUGUGUUCCAAGUCCCAAAGGCGCUCACGUAGGAAAGGCCUGAGAUUUCGUAGCGAGCGACUAAAGGCGAGAUUAAUACGGAUUAUAUAACGUACUUCAACGUACAGAGCUUAUUGGGAGUCUGCAAACUUGCACUUUUUAUUGUUUCCCACUUUCCAGACGGAAUUUAUCGAAUCACAGCCCUCGAAUAACUCGAAUGUACGCCUCGAUACGAGGGACCGGCUCUGCGGGCUGCGAGCGACGCUUUUACGGCGGCACUGAGAAUCCCAGAGGGACCCUAAGGUCUCUCGAAUCGAGUUACGUAUGUCCAAAGGAAAGAGUUUGCAAGCUUCCGUCUCACACGUUCUCCUUUUUUUUUCUAGCUACGUCACUGGUGCCUCCCCGAUUUUAAACGGAGAAAAAGUAUCUACGCCUAUGCGGUGACGUUCGUCCACAGGCAUCGACGUAUUAUAUAUUUACCAUUAUAUAUAGAAUCCGGACGGCUACUGUGAGUUUUGUGUUGUACAGCUUGGCGCCUAGUUCUAUGUAUC